AUGGGAUUAAAUGAUGCAGUUAUACCCGAUGGAGAUGAAGACAUCGCAGAUGGAAGAUUACAUGAGGGCUCCUUUGAUGAUGGUAGUGAGUUCAAUGAAUUUUUAAAAGACGGAAAUGAAAAGUUGCACGAGGGCAGUAAAUGCACAAAGUUGGAGUUUAUAAUUAAAUUGUAUCACAUAAAGGUUUUGUGUAGAAUAAGUGAUAAGGCCAUGACUAUGAUAUUGAAUUUGUUGAGAGAUACAUUUGGUGGAAUACAGUUGCCUUCUAGUUUUUAUUUGGCCAAGCAAGUAAUUUGCAAACUUGGCCUGGAAUAUACUAAGAUAGAUGCUUGCCCAAACGAUUGUAUGUUAUAUCUAGAUGACAAUCCAGAUAACGUACAAGACACAUGCAAGUAUUGCGGUAUAUCUAGAUGGAGCCCUAAGAAAAAAAAGAAAAAGCAAGCUGCAAAAGUUUUGCGAUACUUUCCACUGAAGCCAAGGUUGAAAAGAUUAUAUAUGUGUAGCAAGACGGCUGAGCACAUGCAAUGGCAUAAUUCUGCACCUGCAAGAGAUGGAUUACUGAGACUUCCAAGGGACGGCCAAGCGUGGAAGGAUUUUAAUGCUACGCACACUUUGUUUGCCGAAGAGCCACGAAAUAUUUGCUUAGGUCUUGCAACUGAUGGUUUUAAUCCCUUUGGAGCCUUGAGUUCUACUAAUAGUGUUUGGCCUGUGUUCCUGAUUCCAUACAAUCUUCCACCUUGGAUGUGUAUGAGUCACACUUCGUUCAUCUUAUCAAUGAUUAUUCCAGGAAAGAAGUCUCCAGGAAAUAAGAUAGAUGUGUACUUGCAGCCCCUUAUAGAUGAAUUGAAAAAUUUGUGGAAUGAUGGUGUGGAGACCUUUGACUCAUCAUCUGGAAACACAUUUAGAAUGCAUGCAGCUCUUAUGUGGACAAUAAGUGAUUUUCCUGGGUUAGGUAUGCUAUCUGGUUGGAACACACACACCGGUUUAGCUUGUCCCACUUGUAACUUUGAUUCUUUUCCUUGUUAUCUCCGUCAUAGUUCUAAAUGGUGCUUCAUGGGUCAUAGACGUUUUUUGGGAAGAAAUCAUAGAUUUAGACUGAAUCGUUUUUGUUUUGACAAAAGCACAGAGGAGCAUGGUCCACCUAAGAAGUUAUCAGGUUUUGACAUUCUUGAACAACAAGAGGAUGUUGAAGCACGAGACUAG